AUGUCUCGAGUGUCUGCAAUCAUUAUUGCGUUAUUAUUGCAGAAAGGCGUAGUGGUUGGUGUGUUUGACAACGGCAAAGAACUAGAGCUGACAUGUGCGGGCCGCGAGAUCGACCAGCGCAGCGGCGGCAAACUUGCGCGGCAACUCAACGAAGUGUCUUGUCAGCUGAAGCUGGGGCACGCGCUGGUGGUGACGGACGUUGGCGAGGAGGGCGACGUGGCUCUGGCUUGUUGCGGCCUCAAGCACGCCGGUUACAACAAGCUGGAGGAACUCGAUGAGAAACGGGAGAACGUACGCUGGGGCAUUGGAGCGGGCGUGCGCGCGCUGCAGGCGCGGGGCUGCGCGCGCGUGCUGGUGGACAGCUCCGUAGCGCCCGACGCCGCCGCGGAGGCAGCACACCUCGCCGCCUGGAGGUUUCAAGAGUUCAAGUCGAGCGUAGACCGGCAGACCGUCACCAGCGUCGCGAUGUAUGAAUGCAAGCAGCCGAGCGAGCAGUCUGGCGAGAAAGCCGGCGAGCAAGUUGGUGAGCAAGCUGGCGCGCAGGGCGGGGAGGAGUGCGCGGCGCUGUGGGCGCGCGGCGCGGUGAUGGGCGAGGCCCAGAACUGGGCGCGCUACUUGUCCGACAUGCCAGCCAACAAGAUGACUCCUAUAGGAAUAGCGCAGGCGGCGCUGGACACGCUGUGUCCGCUGGGCGUGCAGGUGUGGGCGCGGGACGGGCAGUGGGCGGCGGCGCAGCGCAUGGAGGCCUUCCUGGCGGUGGCGCGGGGCUCCUGCGAGCCGCCGUACUUCCUCGACUGCAGCUACAACGGCGCCUCCUCCGACACGCCCCCGGUGCUGCUCGCCGCCAAGGGAGUCACCUUCGACUCCGGAGGUCUUUGCUUGAAGCCGCCGGAGCACAUGCGUGAGAACCGCGGCAGUAUGUCGGGCGCCGCCGUCGUGCUCGCUGCCAUCAAGGCCAUCGCUGAACUCAAGAUCCCUAUCAACAUCCGGGCGGUGAUACCUUUGUGUGAGAACUUGGUGAGCGGGCAGUGUAUGAAGGUGGGGGACGUCGUGCGCGCGCUCAACGGCACCUCCAUACAGAUCGAGGACACAGACAUGGAAGGUCGGCUGCUGCUGGCGGACGCGCUGGUGUACGGCCAGGCCGCGUACCGCCCCGCACUCGUUGUAGACGUCGCCACACUUACACGGGGCGUGUUGCUGGCGACGGGGGGCGGGGCCUUCGGGUGUUUCAGCAACGUGGAGGGGGCGUGGCUUGCGCUGAGGUCUGCCGGCGCCAGCAGCGGGGACAGACCCUGGCGCUUCCCGCUCUGGAACUACUACCAUGCGCAGAUCACAGAUGAUCCAUCAGUGGAUUUGAGAAAUAAGGGAUCCGGUAAAGCUACACCUUGUAUUGGCGCAGCUUUUCUAAGGAACUUUGUGUGCGGCGAGUGGGUACACCUAGACGUGACGGGUGUGGGCAAGUUGGCGCACGCGGCCGCACCUCCCUACCUGCGCAGGCGUCGCAUGAGUGGCCGCCCCGCGCGCACGCUCGCCUACUUCCUGGCCCAGCUGCCCAACUACGCAGCGACACACAGCGGACAACACUAGCACUGAGCACUGCGCACUGCGCACUGCGCACGA